CUUGGUAGGUCCCAUGACUUGGGUUGAGGUAAACACCGCCCCUGAGCUCAGAGCACAUCCAUACUCCCCCGUUCAGACUGAAGCAGAAGUCAGCUGACCGCACAGCGCUCAACACAGACAUGUACUGCCUGCUCAAAUGUGCGCCGCUGAUUUUGGCGGUAGCCGUCUGCCAUGGCUGGCUCUUCGGCGACUUUGUGGGAAAACAGAAGGAGCUGAAUGAAAUCUCUCUCUGGCCUCUACCGCAGAAAUUUCAGUCGUCCGCCGUCGCUUUUAAACUCAGUCCCGCCAGCUUUCAGAUCGUCCACGCGAAACAGUCCUCCGCCGGACCGAGCUGCAGCAUACUCGAGAAUGCGUUUCGCAGAUAUUUUGAAUACGUGUUUGGUGACCUGAAGAAGCACGAGAAGAGCCGAAAGAAAGUGUAUGAUUCAGAUCUCGUGGAGCUUCAGGUAUGGAUCACAUCAGCUGAUCCGGAGUGCAACGGUUACCCGAGUCUGCAAACCGACGAGUCAUAUGAGCUGUCAGUUGAUGAAUCCUCUGCUGUGCUGAAAGCUGCUAAUGCAUGGGGAGCUUUGCGUGGACUGGAAACAUUCAGCCAGCUGGUCUAUGAGGAUGACUAUGGAGCCAACAACAUCAAUAAGACAGAGAUCUCAGAUUUCCCACGGUUUGCCCAUCGAGGGAUCCUCCUGGACUCAUCUCGCCACUUCCUGCCACUCAAAGUCAUUUUGGCCAAUUUGGAAGCUAUGGCGAUGAACAAGUUUAAUGUAUUUCACUGGCACAUUGUGGACGAUCAGUCGUUUCCUUAUAUGAGUGGUACCUUCCCUGACUUAAGUCAGAAGCGAAAGGGAGCCUAUCACCCAUUCACACAUGUGUACACUCCAUCUGACGUGAAGAUGGUCAUCGAGUUUGCCCGCAUGAGGGGGAUCCGAGUCAUCCCUGAGUUUGACACACCAGGACACACACGGUCAUGGGGCAAUGGCAUAAAGGAUCUGCUAACACCUUGUUACAGUGGCUGUAGUCCUUCAGGAACAUUUGGGCCGGUGAACCCCAUCUUAAACUCCUCUUAUGACUUCAUGACAGAGUUUUUUAAAGAGAUUAGCACUGUCUUCCCUGAUGCCUACAUUCACCUGGGGGGAGAUGAGGUUGACUUCAGUUGCUGGAAGUCUAAUCCUGAUAUUCAGAAGUUUAUGGUGCAGCAGGGCUUUGGCACAGACUACAGCAAACUGGAGUCUUUCUACAUUCAAAGAUUACUUGAUAUUGUGGCUGCUACCAAGAAAGGUUACAUGGUGUGGCAGGAAGUGUUUGAUAAUGGGGUGAAGCUGAAAGCCGACACACAGAUCCAUGUGUGGAAAGAAAGGCCGCAGUACCAGGAUGAGAUGGCGAAGGUAACAGCGGCUGGUUUCAAUGCUCUGCUCUCCACACCCUGGUACCUCAACCGCAUCAGCUACGGCCAAGACUGGGUGAACGUUUACAAAGCCGACCCCCAAAAUUUCACUGGCACAGAUGCACAGAAGAAGCUGGUGAUUGGUGGAGAGGCUUGUCUUUGGGGAGAGUAUGUGGAUGCUACCAACCUCACUCCUCGACUCUGGCCAAGAGCCAGUGCUGUUGCCGAGAGGUUAUGGAGUGAUAAAAGUGUGACAGACGUGGGUAAUGCCUAUAAUCGUCUGGCCCAGCAUCGCUGCCGCAUGGUCAAGAGAGGCAUACCUGCAGAACCUCUAUUUGUUGGCCACUGCCGUCAGGAGUACAUGGGCCUAUGAAAUUCAACAUUCAGUUCACAGUAGACAAUCAAAGGGAAUAAAAGGACAACACUUUUUAAAAGAUAAAACCAUGUUAACCAUUCCAGUAACUAUGAUUUGCUGUUCUAUGCACUGAGCCAGUUAUUGCCAGAACUUGAUGUUUGCAAAUGGACAGUUCUGUACAUCUCAAUUUCCUCUGUAUGCUUAAAUUUGAUUAAACUGUCAUUACUAUUCUAAAUUUGAAUAAAUUUGAAGUUUUUGAAACGA